AUGUACGGUUGCAAAUGCAAAUAAAAAUAUAUUAGUACUAAACAGCUGGUCGGACAAAAGCAUAAUUAUGAAUGACUCCGUGAACCGAGGGAACUUCAAUAUCUUAAUUUUGUACGAAUUUGAUCAAGUCAAUUGAUAGCAUUGGUCAAUUAAUGUUUGUACAUGAAUUAGGUAUCUAUAUAAACUCCUAGUUACUUGGUUGCAAAAACAAAGUCUCCCUUGAUUUGCAAGAUCUUUGCAACUCUUUUUGCUGAUAAUGAUGAUGGAUCAGAGGAAGUCCAUCUUCACUUCUUUAUUUAUGCUGCUUCUUCUUCUCCUUCAAAUUUUGCACUCAACACCCGUUACAGCUCAAGAAGUAGAAGAAGAAAGAGAGUUUGAUUAUCUGAAUGACAGUGAGAAGGGACCAAAGUAUUGGGGAGAGCUUAGGGAAGAAUGGGCAGCAUGUAAACAUGGGACACUGCAAUCUCCGGUAGAUUUGCUGAGUGAGAACGUGCAAGUACACCUAAACAAAGGGGAGGUGAGACUCAAGUACAAGCCUGCAAAUGCAACAAUCAGAAAUAGAGGCCAUGACAUUUCGGUCCAGUGGAAUCUAGGUGAUGCUGGAUCCGUAGAGAUUAAUGGCACAGAUUACUUGCUACAACAAUGCCACUGGCACUCACCAUCCGAGCAUACAAUUGAUGGUAUAAGAUUUGACAUGGAGCUUCAUAUGGUACACCUAAUCCCUGAUGCAAAUGUCGAAAACAACAUAGUUGUGGUUACAUACCUCUACAAACUUGGCAAGCCUGAUAAGUUUCUGUCGGAGGUAAGCACGGAUAUCCAUGCCAUGAUUGAUGAAGAGGAAGAGAGACACAGAGGGGUGGUUGAUCCAAGAGAUGUGAAGAAGGGUGGCAAAAAAUUUUACAAGUACAUAGGCUCACUCACUGUACCUCCUUGCACUGAAGGAGUAACUUGGAUCAUCCACAAAAAGUUAACUACUGUUUCAAGAGAGCAAAUGGAGUUGCUUCGAGAAGCCGUUCAUGACUUCGCAGAACAGAAUGCAAGACCAUUGCAAGCUCUCAAUCGCCGAGAUGUGCACUUCCAUGGCCCUGAGUCUCACAUUCGGGAUUAAGGACUUGCUUGCACAGACAUUCCAGCUGCAUCACAUGUGGAGUCGCUUUGUUUCGUGACAGUCGUUUGUGUGUAAUAAGAGUUGCAGUUCAUAUUCCUAUUGGCAUCAGACAUGUUCCUUUAAA